UAUGCGUCACGGCUUUGCCUAACAAGCAACGCGAAUACAGUUGAGAAAAAAAAACAAAACAGAAUAGACGAAACAACUACAGUAAUGGAAAGAUUUCCUAGACGUCUUGACUUGUAAGACUUCAGAAAAACGAUCAGGAAAAUGCACCUGAAUAAGAUAUUGCCAUUAUUGUUAAAAUGGCCUGGGGAUCUGCUAAAAGUUCCUGUAAGCUAUGCAAUACUAAAUCGUAGUUUAGUGUGUGCAAGCAGUGCUGAAAAGAAAAGAAGAAAAAAGAAAUCCUGGCUUUCAGAUGGAGGAGAUCUGUCACUGGAGGAAAGACUAGCUGAUACGGUGACCCCUUUGUGGCGACUGAGUUAUGAGGAGCAGCUUCAGUGGAAACAGGAACAACAGCUCAAGAUCUUACUUCAGAUGACUAAUCACCUGGCACAGGACUCGUCUCUGACAUCUGAUAAGGCAGAGCUCCGUUUUCCUGUUCUCCCCAUAGUGCCUUCACCAGUGAGGGAUGGCUACCGCAAUAAAUCCACCUUCUCUGUCAACAAAGGAGUAGAUGGAGAUCCAAAAACUGUCGGAUUCUACAUUGGCACUGGGAAAGGUAGAAACAUUGUCUGUAUUCACGGUGACCAUCUUCUUAACAUGCCAUCAAAGCAUAGUCUGGUGGGAAGGUGUUAUGAGGAUUUUAUACGUGCUUCACCACUAAAACCAUGCAUUAUGUUUCAUGAUGGAGGACACUGGAGAGAAAUUACAGUGAGAACAAACUCUGCCGGUAACACAAUGGCCAUAGUAUAUUUCCAUCCACAAAACCUAAGUCUUGAGGAGAUUGCGGUCCAUAAAGCAUCUCUAGUACAAUACUUCACAAAAGGUCCAGGAACAGUUUGCCAGCUGGACUCACUUUAUUUUCAGGAAAGCACCAUAACCAGGUGCAGUCAUGAAGAUUCUCCCUACCAGCUGCUGUAUGGGGAGCCCCAUAUCUACGAGGAGAUUCUUGGCUUCAAGUUCCGCAUCUCUGCUGAUUCUUUCUUUCAGGUGAACAGGAGUGCUGCAGAGGCCCUGUACAUGACCGUAGCAGAGCUGAAUAAGGCUGGUGAAAAGGGUACUCUACUGGAUGUUUGCUGUGGUACAGGAGCUAUUGGCAUUUCACUAUCCCCAAGACUGAAGAAGGUCAUUGGUAUUGAGCUGAUUGAGCAGGCUAUAGAGGAUGCGAAAUAUAACGCAGCAUUAAAUGGUAUUCAGAACUGUCAGUUUCUAUCAGGAAAAGCAGAGGUUGUUCUUCCUAAACUGAUACCCACGAUGCACUCUGAGGGAACACUCACAGCUGUCAUGAAUCCAUCCAGGGCAGGGCUGCAUUAUAGAGUCAUCCAAGCCCUGCGCAAUCAUCCUAACAUACAAAGACUUAUCUAUAUAUCCUGCAAGCCAGAAGGAGAAGCGAUGCGGAAUUUCAGGGAGCUUUGUGGAAAGACCGAUUUGAAGAGAAAGCUCAUUGGAGAGGCCUUUACUCCAAAGCUUGCUGUUCCUGUGGACAUGUUUCCACACACCCCUCACUGUGAACUGGUGCUUGUUUUGGAACGAUGAAUAAUUAAGUGUAACAAACUUAUAAAAACUGCUGUAAUAUAACAUAUCAUUUAUUUCUUCUGGUGUGGUCUGUAGAACUGUAGUGUCCUAAAAAUGUAUUUAAAAAAAAAAAAAAUAAUUAAAAAAAUACAUUUUGGAAUAGUGUUCCUAAAAUGUGGAGGAAAAUAUCCAGUCUGUUUAGUGCCCAAGGCUCUGUAAACAGAAGAAACCACAUCCAACUAAUCAUGACAUGGAGAUCUCUCUAUAUGUCUCUACAUGUUUUUCAAUCAUUUUGAGUGAAAAAAGCUCCAAAGAAAGCUCCUGUUCUUAGAAUAAGUGUGAUUAAAAGGAACCUCACACACACAUUCACACAAUUUAGAGAUGACACUUUGGGCUGGAGAAGAAAAUUGGACCCCCAAAACUGGAGGUGUGAGGCAAACCUGCUAACCACUAAGCCACCAUGCCCCCUAUUAUACUUUUUAUAUAUAUAUAUAUAUAUAUGUAUAUAUUCAUAUAUUCAUAUAUUCAUUAAGUACAUAUUUUUUAAAAGACUUUUUUACUGUUCAUAUUCACUCCAGGUAUUGCAGUAGUUUGUCGAUAUGUUGCAACAUGCAGUUCAUUUGUUUACCAUGUGAGAGGUUAUUUAUUACAUACUAGUUUGCAUCAGAGUGUACAGAUUAGGCAAGCCCAUGCAUGAGGCAAGAAAUGCAAUGUCAGAAAGAUGAAAUAAUGUUACCUUGUGUAAUCAGAAGACACUGUAAUAGGUCAGUACAUUUGUUGGAAAGGACAGAGUAACUUUGAUCAGGACAGUUUCUUUGUUAAUGACAUUGCAUUAUGAAACAGAAUAAAGAAGGGGUUAUUCAUG